ACUGUGCAUACACCUCCUUCCUCAAUAGAAGUGAACGCACUGAAGUCAAAGCGACACCGAUCCAAGAUGGCGGCCACGCCCAACGUUCUCAGGCAGUCAAUGCGGCGUCUAUGUGUCUAUGAUCACACCCAUCUGUGCUGCAUUGCCAACACCCUUUGGCCUUUCCUGCAGAUACUUUCUCUUUCACAAAUCUCAGUUCCCCACCUCAGACCUGCAGUGUCUCUUCCUCUCUCCUUCAAAGUUUAGAGUGCCUUUCACCUACGCCGCUGCCGGCAGGGUUAUUUGCGCGGUUCUUGCUUAUAUUUGAACAUUGAUCUUUUUUUUUUUUUUGCUCUUCUAGUUUUGUCCUCCAGUUACAGCGUCUUGCCUCCCUGGUCUGUCUUUGUCAUUGUUUUCUUCUGUAACAGCUCCUGCAGAAAAGUCAUGGAUGAUUUUGUUCGUGAUAAACUAAAGGAAUGGGGUCUGAGCGAGUGGGAGAACAAUUUUAAAGAUGAAGGCAUCGACGAGGAAAGUUUCUAUUUACUUGGUGAUCAGGACAUUAAUGAUUUGUUUCCAAAAAAAGGACCACGACUAAAGUUCAAGGCCAAAUUUGGGCUGUUAAAGCCUCAUGAAGAAGCAGCUGCUUCGACUGAGUUACCCUCCACAAGCGAUAAAGGAAAGAGAAAGAUGGAUCGUCAGAUGGAGUCAAAUGAAGUGCAUACACCACAUAAACGACAGUGUGACAACGAAACAAGAGCAUCCUCAGCAGAAGCAAUAAUACUGUCUGAGGUGAAGGCCAAAAUAGGAGUUGUCCUCGACAAAUUGCGUUCCCAAAACAACACAAAGCUUGGUGCUUUCGUGGAAUCGAAAGUCCUUGAUCUGGAGACAAAGAAGAGGGAGAUUGUUGGCGUCUUUGGUAAAACGGGGGCUGGAAAGAGCUCUUUGAUAAACGCUGUGAUUGGACAGAAGAAUCUUUUGCCUUCUGGAAGCGUGAAUGCAUGCACCUCAGUCAUGAUCAAAGUGGAGGGAAACAUGCACACACCAAAGUAUGAGGCAGAGAUUGAGUUCAUUACAACAGAGGAGUGGAAAGAUGAGCUGUGGCCAAUUAGUCAGUCUGUUGGUGAUCAUGAAGAUCAGGACCCGGAGGAUGAGACUGUUCAAAAACUGUCAGCUGUGUAUGGAGAUGAAUGGAACAAAAAGCCACCUGAAAGCCUCAUGGACAAAAAAUACUUCACAGAAAUCCCAGAAUUCCUCUACUCCAAGAGGAAGAAUUUGACAUAUGACUCACCUAAAGACUUAUCUUCAGAAUUAAAAAAGUACACAAGAAAUGAAACAAAUCAGGGAGAAGAUACAGGUGAUACCCGGUGGUACUGGCCACUGGUCAAGUGUGUGACUUUAAAGGUGCCACACAAUCAUCUUCUCCAGCACGUCACACUGGUGGACCUUCCUGGGAACGGGGACCGUAACAAGAGCAGAGAUCAAAUGUGGAAAGGGGUUAUUGGGAAUUGUUCGACAGUGUGGAUUGUAGCUGAAAUCAAUCGAGCAGCAUCAGAAAAGGAACCCUGGGAGAUCCUUGAAAGCUCAUGUCACCUCCUCGGAAAUGGUGGCGAGUGUCAACGCAUUCACUUCAUCUGCACCAAAUCUGAUAUCGAAGAUGAUCAUUCAACAGAUGUCCCCGAUAUUGACAUACUUAAGAGGAACGCAAAUGUGAAAAAGGAACUGAAAAAGGAAUUCAACAGGCAUCAGGAAAUUAAAAAACACUUCAGUGAUAAAUGCUUCAAGGUCUUCACAGUGAGCUCCAGAGAGUUUUUUAAAAGGAAACUUUUAAAAGAGGAAGACACUGAAAUACCCAAGCUUCAGGAGUUCCUGGAAAUGCUCAACGAAUGUCAUUCAGAGACACUUAACUAUGUGUCUGGGGCUUAUGGGCUUCUCUCUCUGAUUCAAGGAGCCAGUCUUGGAGAAGCGGUUGCUGAAAAAACAAAAGUGUGUGAAGACCUUGGGAGAAACUUGUACCUUCAACUUGACUCUAUCAAAAAAGAAAUGGAGGAAACCUACAAUGCCUUUGAAAAGUGUCUUACUGAAGGAGUUGAAAAUUCAAAAAAUUCCUGUGAAAGAACCUUGGAUUCCUUCCUUCAUCCUAGACGGAAGUCUGGCAGAGGAUUUCACAAAACACUGAAGUGUCUCGUCAAUAACAGUGGCAUCCACCCACGAAAACAAUUAAACCUCAACUUGAAGUUGGCUUUGAAACUCACUAACAGCAUUGAUGAGACAUUCAAGAACACCUUCCCAAAUGAUGGAGAGAGUGCACCAUUCAAUAGUGUCAUCAGGGAGUUUUCUCUUGAGACUGAGAAGCUGAUUCAGAACUACAAAGAUGUUGAACUGCAGCUGAUAUUUCUCAAGAGAGAGGAGGAACAGAUAAAGACAAAACUGAACAAAGUCAUCCGUGAGGACAAGAAAACCAUCUAUCGCAGUCUGAUAGAGACCAUUGAGGAAAACAUGCAAGAGGGCUACAACAAAGCAGCAGAAUUCACAGGGAAGGACUCUCUGCUAAACAUGAGGGAAAAGAUUAAGGAACAUGUCCAUGAUGCAAUGAACAACAUGUUUGACCGAGCCAAGGACGUGAUGUUGAACAAACUGAAAGACUUGAUGGAAUCUGUCUGGAAGACACUGGAGGACAACAUGAAGGAAUCAAUCCACUGUUCCCUCCUGAUGGAGGACCACUCAAUCCCAGAUGUUUCAGAAGAGCUUGAAACCGUACAAGAAUUCUACAAUAAACUGAAAACCAGCUCAAAUAUGAAAAAGUAAUGGAGAUGCACUGAAGCCAGGAGACAGGAGUCUAUGAAAAUAACAAUCCCGGAUACUUAAGUUCAAGCUCCUGAACAUUUUGAGAUAAAAGUUAUAAUUAAUGUCUUUUUUUAAAUGGUGGUAUUAUAAUGUCAACUUUUUUUUCACUUGUCUGUCAUCCCUCUUCUUUUUUCUUUGAAUACACAGCCAGAUUUUAAUCAUUCAUGGGAUUUAUGUUUGUGUUAUUACUGUAGUUGUUGAUUCCCUUUGUUUUAUUAGAGAGAGAUGGAAAAUGUGCAAAUGUAAUUACAGUAAAAUGCUUAGUUCCCAAUUUAAUUCAACCAGGGAUGUUAUUUCCUUUCAUCACACCUUGAAACCUUAUUUUGAUAUAAGUCAAUGUUGGUUCAUGGGAUGGGAAGAAAACAUUUCCAUUGAUUUAUGAUGAUGAAAUUUAAUGCUGCACCUUGAAUAUAGUUCAUAUUGUAGAUUUGAUGAGGCAGAGAUUUUGAAGGAGUUUUGCUCAAAUUAAAAUGUUGAGCUGAGCUGCAGGCCGAGCCCCUCUCUGCCUGAGUGCAUCAGGUGUGUCUCUCAGGAGGAAGGUAGCCGACUGAUUGCACCAGGUGGGAAUGGUCUGGUGAUGAGUGGAUGUGGAGACUGCAGGACUAAAGCUUGUUUCAAAUAAGGAAGAAGCAGCCGGUGAGCGUGC